CUGCUGCUCCGCUUCAGGACUUAGACGAGGAUGGAUGGAGUUUCUGCGCAACGAUAAAGCGAUGGAUUCCCAUGCUUUUUACCACCUUUUUGGCGCCUUGUUAAAUUGCGGAACACGGACUUAACAUCAGCAGAAAAAGGAGUUGUUUGCGUAGUUCCCUGGCGGCAGAGUUUAAUUUCUCAGAGAGGCUUCACAUCCCUGGAGAUUGGGGUGCGUAAAAUCGGUUUGAAAUGUCCGACUUACACAACCGGAGCCAAACCAGCGCACGUCGCAGUGACUACGUGUGGCAGUAUGAAUAUUAUGACGACGAGGAGCCCGUGUCUUUUGAGGGACUCAAAGCGCACAGAUACUCCAUCGUUAUUGGUUUCUGGGUUGGACUUGCUGUGUUUGUCAUUUUCAUGUUCUUUGUCCUCACCCUGCUCACAAAGACAGGAGCGCCUCAUCAAGAGAACCAGGACUCGGCUGAGAAGCGCCAUCGACCCGGCAGCUGUCUGGUCGACAUCAACGGUCCUCAAGAUGAAAACGACAAAGCGUUCUCUCGCCCGCUGCUCGCCCAGUCUCGCUCUUAUUUCCACUUCUACAUCAACGAGGAGGACCAGGGGCAGGGCAAGCAGAAAACAGAGGAGGAGGAGGAGGAGAAGGUGGGUGAGGGAGCCCAGCAGGAGAUCAUCGGGGGCCUCGGCUCCUCCGGGAUGGACGAGAUGAUGGAAGACGAAGCGGAGAGUCGCCAACCGACUCUCAACGGACUAAUAGAGGAGAGCAAGACGGACAGAGAAUGUGCCUUCUUUUCCCACUUCAACAUCCCAAACUUUGUGAACUUGGAGCACAACUCGGCUCUCGGGGAGGACGAGCUGCUGUACGAGCCGUCCGCCACGCUGGAGCGCCAGGCGCAGGAGGCCCACCGGGACCUCCACUGAGACGCCACAGGCACGGACAUGUGAUGCAGUUUUUCUCAAUUGCUAAAACACAUUUUUUUUCGAAUCCUCCUGUUCCUUUUCUCAGAAUUCUAAACACAAAACUCUUUGGUAACACUUUACAAUAACCAUCAUUUAUAGAUGGUAAACAAUGCUAAAACACAU